GGUUAAGACGAGUGAGGAGUCAGCAGUCAGUGACACUAUAAAACGAUCAGGAUUUUUGGGUUUUUCAAAAAUUGCGAAUCACCGCAAACAAAAGAGGUUGUGAGUUUAAGAUUGGCCGGGGACCGACAGACAGACCACGCACACACUCAACCAAACUCAUCUUCCGGCGAAGAUAACAAUCCACUUAAGGUAUUCCCUCGAGUGUGGAUUUGUCUUUGUAAUGACUCUCAGUUUUUAAACACUAAUUAUCUUUAAAAUAUUUGUAGUUUAAAACCACUAUGUGUAGACUUUCACAAAUUGCAACUUUGAUAGUAUCAGAAAAGGCCGUGUGGUAGACAGCCAUGCAUGCUUCUACAGUUCUCACCCCACAGAAGAAGAGCUAACAUAAACCACAGCAAACAAAAACAUAAAAGUAAAGAAAAUAGUGUUUUUAACUAGAAUUGACAAUAUCCUGUGUUGAAGUGACUCCUGUCCUCUCCCUUUCCCCUGCAGCUGUGUAUGCCUAAAGGCCUGUCGUUCAGGACUCAAGCGGACCAGCACGACCCGCAGUUCCACUCCUUCAUCAUCACAAAGGAGGACGGCUCUCGGACCUACGGGUUCGUCCACACCUUCUACGAGGAGGUGAGCAGCCCGCAGAUCUGCUCCGCCAUGCAGACCCUCUACCAGAUGCACAACACGCAGAGUGCCACUGCCAACACCCCUUCCUCGUCCUCCUCCUCCUCCUCCUCCUCCAGCAUGGACUCCCUGGCCAGCAGUUUGGACGAGGCCGACCCCUGCACUUCCUCGUCCCGCCGGGCGGGCGGCUACGACUCAUCGCGGGACACCCUCUAUGUGUCCAAGGCCCUGUGCCUGAUCGUGCCCAUGCCCUUCAUGCAUGCCUGCCGACGCUUCCUGUCGCAGCUGCACAGGGCCGUGACGUCAGCCACCGCCCCCCCGCUGCCGCUGGAGAGCUACGUUCACAACAUCCUGUACGAGGUGCCGCUCCCAGCUCCGGGACGCUCGCUCAAGUUCCACGGCGUGUACGAGCCCAUCGUGUGCCAGAGGCCCGGCCUGGGGGAGCUGCAGCUGGCCGACUUCCCCCUCGCCGAGGCCUUUAGUCUGCUGGGAGUGGAGAACCUGAUCCAGGUGUUCACCUGCACCCUGCUGGAGAUGCAGAUCCUCCUUUACUCUCGUGACUACCAGCGGUUGAUGACCGUGGCCGAGGGCAUCACCACCCUGCUGUUUCCCUUCCAGUGGCAGCAUGUCUAUGUUCCCAUUCUGCCAGCCUCUCUCCUCCACUUCCUGGACGCUCCUGUUCCCUACCUGAUGGGUCUGCAGUCCAAAGAGGGCGCGGACCGCUCCAAGCUGGAGCUUCCUCAGGAGGCCAACCUGUGUUUUGUGGAUAUUGACAACCACUACAUCGAGCUUCCAGAGGACUUUCCCCAGUUCCCCAACAAGACCGAGUUCAUCCAGGAGCUCAGCGAGGUGCUGCUUAGCUUUGGCAUCUCGGCCAACACGGGGGCCCCACCGCGGACCCGCACCAGUCCCGGUAGCGCUACCGGCAGCACCCCCUCCACCCCAGCUAGGGAGCGCAAGACCGUCUCUCUGCGGCAGCUGGAGGACGACGGGCGCAACGGCAACCUCGCAGGGGACGAGCUGGCCGUGCUGGAGCUGCUGCAGGGGAACACCACCCUGGAGAGACUGCAGGCGCUCACCAAGCGCACCGGGGUGACGGUGGCCUGCGUGGACGCCCUGAGGGCCGGGGUGAGAGCUCAGGGCACCGAGGGGCAAGGGGGCCGGACGGCCGCAGAAGAGGAGGAGCUGAGGAAUGCCAAGCUGAACGUCCAGCUGCGGGAGGUGUUCGCCAGCCGCUUCACUACCAUGUUUGCCGACUAUGAAGCCUUCGUCAUCCAGAGUGCUCCGGACCUGGAGUCCUGGCUCACCAACAGGGAGCAGAUGCACAACUUUGAUAAGGCCUCGUUCCUGUCCGACCAGCCGGAGCCCUACCUCCCCUUCCUCUCCCACUUCAUUGAGACGCAGAUGUUUGCCACCUUCAUCGACAACAAGAUCAUGUCCCAGUGGGAGGACAAGGAGCCGCUGCUCCGCGUCUUUGACGGCCGCAUCGACAAGGCCCGCCUCUACAACGUCCGUGCUCCCAGCCUCCGGUCCUCCAGCUAUCAGAGGUGCUCCAUCCUCAAGGAGUCCGCUCAGGCCAUCGAGCAGCGGCUGAUGAAGAUCGACCACACCGCCAUCCACCCGCACCUGCUGGACAUGAAGAUCGGUCAGGGCAAAUACGAGCAGGGAUUCUUCCCCAAACUGCAGGUCGACGUGCUCAACAUGGGGCCGACCAGUAACAAGUGGUCUCACAGGACGGCGACAGCUCAGCGAAGGAAAGACCGUCACAGACAGCAAACGGAGCAUCUGGGCCUCGACAACGACCUGAAAGAGCAGGUGGAGGGCUGUCUGGUCCUGCAGAACUCCAUGGCGUUUUGGGAGUGGGACAAAGCGUCCCCACCGCCUAUCAAACCACCUAAAAAAUCCACCUCUGCGUCCUGCCUGAAAUACAUGCAGGAGGCCCGCAGCCUGGGGAAGAACCUCCGGCAGCCCAAACUGUCUGAUCUGUCUCCUGCCGUCAUUGCCCAGACCAACUGGAAGUUUGUGGAGGGGCUGCUCAAGGAGUGUCGCAUGAAGACCAAGCGUAUGCUGGUGGAGAAGAUGGGCCAGGAGGCGGUAGAGCUGGGCCACGGUGAUGUCAACAUCACUGGACUGGAGGAAAACACUCUGAUCGCCAGCCUGUGUGACCUGCUGGAGAGGAUCUGGAGCCACGGGCUGCAGGUCAAACAGGGGAAGUCGGCCCUGUGGUCCCACCUGCUGCACUACCAGGCCCGAGAGGAGAAGCUGGAGCAGCAGCAGGCAGAGUCACCAGUGUCAAAUGUUCCUGAGAGGAGGAAGUCCGACUGUUCCGUAGCAAUGCCGUCUCUACGCGUGUCCCUCAUACAGGAUAUGAGGCACAUCCAGAGCAUGUCCGAGAUAAAGACAGACGUGGGACGAGCGAGGGCCUGGAUCCGCCUGUCUCUGGAGAAGAAGCUGCUCUCUCAACACCUUAAACAGCUGCUGUCCCGACACGCCUUAACCAAGAAGCUCUACAAGCGCUACGCCUUCCUGCGCAGUGAGGAGGAGAAGGAGCAGUUCCUCUUCCACCUGCUCUCCCUCAACACCGUCGACUACUUCUGCUUCACCAGCGUCUUCACUACCAUUAUGAUCCCGUAUCGAGUCGUCAUCAUCCCCAUCAAGAAGUUGAGCAACGCCAUGACCACCUCCAACCCCUGGGUGUGUGUGUCCGGAGAGCUGGGAGACUCGGGCAUCAUGCAGAUCCCCAAGAACGUCCUGGAAAUGACCUUUGACUGUCAGAACCUGGGGAAGCUGACCACGGUGCAGCUGGGACACGAUAACGCCGGCCUGCUGGCUAAAUGGCUGGUGGACUGUGUCAUGGUGCGCAACGAGAUCACAGGACACACAUACAAGUUUCCAUGUGGUCGGUGGCUCGGUAAGGGUGUGGACGACGGCAGCCUGGAGAGGGUCCUGAUCGGUGAGCUGGUGGUGCCCAGCGGAGAGGAGGAUUCUGGGAGAGGCUGCCGUACACCCCCGCUGCAGCGCUCGCCAUCCCAGACCAGACGCAUCAACAUCACGUCGUUGUCUGGACGAGGAUACAAACUGACUUCAGCCCAAAUCCAAGAAGCCAUCGGGGAGGCUGUAAACAACAUUGUCAAACACUUCCACAAGCCAGAGAAAGAGAGAGGCAGCCUCACCGUCCUGCUAUGUGGAGAGAACAGCUUGGUGGCAGCUCUGGAACAGUUCUUCCACCAUGGCUUCAAGUCGGCGCGGCUCUUCCAGAAGACUGUGUUUGUGUGGGACUUUGUGGAGAAGGCUGUUGCCUACAUGGAGUCAGCUGACCAGAUGGGAGACCUCCAGGAGACUGCGGAGCCCCUGGGGAUGACCUGUCAAUCACUCUGUCGCUACGUCAACGCGAUCAACUCCACCCCCAGGAACAUCGGCAAGGACGGGAAGUUCCAGUUGCUGGUCUGCCUCGGAGCCAGAGACCGCCUGCUGCCCCAGUGGCUACCCCUGCUAGUGGAAUGCCCGGUGAUCCCGCGGAUGUACGAGGACAUUGCUCUGCUCAGAGACCGCACCACCGUCAACGCCCUCAUCGGAGUCCUGGAGACACUCCACGACUUCCCCGUCACACUGGAAACCUCGCUGGUUAAAGGCAUCGACCUUUAGCCCUCAGGAGAGACAGCUCUUCAUUUUCCUCUAAUACUUCCCCUUACUACCACCAACUGCACCCACCCUUCCACUUUUAGCCUAUUGGCUCUGGGAUGAGUCACAUGACCAGGGAAGGAGGAAGUGAGGGACAUGAGAAGUUUGGUUACCAAAGCAAAAAGUUCCACUGCUUCAUGUGAGAGGUUGAGGCUUUCGAUCGGCCAUAAGCCUGGAUGCAGUAUUAUUACCCUGCCUGUGGCUCUGAAAGACCCUUUUUAAUUAAAUUACAACCACUGCUUCAUUAUGCUUUAUGUCAUGAACUACAAAUCCCAAUCACAUUACCUUCCACGGAGCCACUGGCUGCAUUUUUUUCAUUACGCUUUAAAUCUACUUGCUGUUAUCCCUCGUAGUAUUUUAUAUUUUUCUUAUUGUCAACACAUUCCAGGAAAAGACCCAAACUAACAAUGUGUUAGUCUCUGAAUACUUUGAAUUCCCGACCCUUAGCUCCAAGCCCACUGGUUACAACUGAAAACAGCCCACAAAUAUAUUGUUUUUUUUAAGCUCAAUAAUUUCCUAAAGCAGCUGGCCACUUUAGUUCUGAAGAAACAUUACUGGGACAGUAGGAAAAAAGUGCAUUUGUUUGGGAACUAUUUUCAGCGGCGGAUUAAUCCACAUUUGGUGCUCCAGUGAGUAUUUGUGGCAACUGUUUGUGAAGGAACGUGUCCCCCAGUGCCACAGCGUGCACAGAUAAUGGAGCUCUAUGUGUCAGAGGAAGACCAUGUAUCAAAUCCAAUGUGGGUUUUGGGUCAUAGACAAAUAUCAAAUAUCACCAGACUUUUUCUUUCAAAUUUGUCAACAUGUAAUGCUAAUGUAAUUCCACAAAAUAUAACAGCAAGCUAAUGUCUCUGCAAGUUGAUUUUAAAAGUUUACUGAAAUGAACUUAAACAGUGGCUGAUUGGAGAAAAGCUAAAUUUAACAAAAAAAGCCUAAAAGUAAAUUACUCUUUGGAAAACUGCUGACAGUAACAUACACUGAUAUACGGGGCAGAACCAUGGGUGUGUUUCUUUAAAAUUUAAGGAGCAGCAGCAGACAUUUCCCUGUGUGCUAGCUGUGUCAGCUUAGCUUAAACUGUGAUAUUCACUUUCCUAGUCUGCAACUGGACGAUCACAGCGCCACCAUCUCUGCACCCUAGUUAGCGUUAGCGAGCGUGCCUACGGGACACUGCACUGACACACUGGUUCCAGUGGGAAGGAUUAUGAUGAAGGUGCUGAUGAAGUCUUGUUGUGUGAUCUAAUGACUUUCCUACAGAGCCGUGUUGUGAAGUCACCGGCUCCCCAUGCCUCUCUUUCUUUGGACUUGCUGGACUUGUGCUGGACAUUUCCUCUGCUUUGAGCCUGCGGAUGGACACAAAAACUGUUCUCAGUGAUGUGGCUCAGAGUCAGGAGCUGAACCCUGUGACUGCAUGGACAUUCCUACUCUUUUUAAUGCUCUCUGUGUGUGUGUGUGUGUGUGUGUGUGUGUGUGUGUGUGUGU